AUGGUUUCACACCGUGUGAUUUUCGGAUUGACUACUCGACGACGACAACCCCGAGCAGUCACCCCUCGCCAACUUGAAUUCAUCAGACAACAAGCACGAGAUCUACGAAACUCUGAAAGGGCCAUUGCGAAUUUGCAACAACGUCUGGCCACACGUGAAAGAUUUCACCCUCCAACCCCUGGGUUGGAUCCUAGGGAAUUGCCGCUUCAUCUUCCCAACCCUGCCGGCUUCGAUGACCCACCAGAAGCCGAACCAAAUGAAAAUCCUGCGAAUUAUGUUAUCAAUCCUAUUCAAUUCAUGCCACCUAUUCCUAAUCAAACCGUUGACCCAGUCCUGGCAGCUUUGCGAAAAGAACAACGUCUCGGUGAACGACUGGUCCACGAGACUAGGUGGGCUUGGCAAUAUGCGAUCAUGUUGCCUACUUUUCUCCGGUGUCGAUUAGCCACUUCGAAUUGGGGGAAUUGUGAGCUUUGGAACCAUGACUUUAGGAACCCUUGCAAUUGCAAGGGUCGGACGGAGAGAGAUGUGGACUUGGUUGACUUACUGUACAGAAGACGAGUCAAGAUCAGUUUUUGCAAAACGUGUGACCCGUCGGACUUGGUGCGACUGUUGUUAAUGGGCUACAUCGGCGCCUCACCGAAGUGUCCAGAAACAGCUUUUUCCGUCCGACUCAUGGUCCAUCAUCAUAAGAUGUGGCUACGAUGCGCCGUACCGACUAAAGACUGGCGCGAACCUUUCACAGCUGCGAUUGACGCGUAUCGUGCUAUCCUUCUCCAGAUAAGGACUCUCGAGAACCAAAAGUUGGCACUAUCUGACCUGGGCAUACUUGCGAACAACUGCCCAAAGUGCUUUGGCCCACCAGUUGGUGUUACAAGAGCUGAAGAACCCGACUUAGUGAUCUGCAUCGACGGCAAUUUUCAGCAUCGGCGACACGCUGCAGCGAGCGUGGAGAUCCCGGGCGCACAACCACCUCGACCUAGUAUGUUCUUGGACCCGGCGGCAGUUGACGACAUGGCCUGUAAGAUCAAUCGGACGAAACCAAAAGCCGGCAUAGAGUGUACGGAGGCUCAUACCACUGCCAAUGAUGCCAGGGGUAAAAGUUAUUUUCAAGCAAUGGACGAUUCCGGACUGAUUGGAAUGGCAUGUCGACAUGACCAUGUCUUGCAAUACAUAAACAUGAUCCAAAGCGGCGAGAAGAUACAUUACCCUCUGGCUUUAAUCAAAUGGUUACUGGAAGUAUUAGACAACAGCCGGGAUCACUCAAAUAAAGUAGAAAUUCUAUACGAUAUUGGUUGUAAUUUGGAUAAGUCCACAAAGAUGGUGAGGAACGGUUGA